AUGCCAAAAGGUCAGCCCCUGCUGCCUGGCAACAGCACCAUGCACCAGCUGGAGCUCAUCAGUGUGCUCAUGAACCCAUCAGUUGAUGAUGUCACUGCAAUUGAGAGUCCCUAUGCCAAGCAAAGUAUGAGCAAUGCACUGGGCUGGAGGACCUACACCCAUGGCUGGUGCAUGGUGUGCCUGGUGAUGUGA